AUGGCGUCGUGUCGUCCUCGCCGCCACAGUGUCGUCACGCUGCGACUCACUGUCACCUCGGAUGACAUGGCCACCCAGAGAGCCAACCCAUCCCCAUCCACCACCGCCCACUCACCCAGCCCAACCCUCCCGCCCCGCCCACGAUCACACUCCCGUCAGCGCUACUCUUCUCAGUCCCGGCAGCCGCCCACAUCCCCCCUGCGACGCACGCCCACCUCGCCUUUACCCCGGACUACACCUCCGCCUCUCUGUCGUACGCCUACCACGCCGCUCUGCCGUACUCCCACCUCCCCGAUGAGUAGCCGUACGCCCACCUCACCCUUCUGCCGGGAACCCACGUCUCCCGUGGGUCGCUCCACACCCUCCCCUGUGUCUCCCCGUAGCACGGGCGGCCGACACUUCCGCUACGACGUGUGGGCGGAUCAACGGGGCCUAAGACGCAGGUCUUCCCUUCUGACCGUACCGUCCACCCACGACCCUCACUCUGAUCUUAACCUCCGCCUACCCCGCCAGAGGUCUUCAUCCAUCGCAGGGCCAUUACGACCCCCAGACCUAGCAAGGUACUGUAGAUAG